AGUUGGAAAAAUGUUCUUUCAGUCGGCCGUCAUUUAAUCCAUUGGUCGGACUUGCGGAUCCGCAGAUCCGUAGAUUCGCUGUGACAGUCGCUCUGUGGCUGCGGCUUCUGUGGACAGAGCACCGAGUGCCCUCUGAUCUCCAGUCCUCAGAUCAUCUCAUUUCUGGAACGACACGCGUCGGCAAAACAGAACGAAACGGAGCUCGUGAAACUAUAACUAUUAUUAUUUCGCAAGAUGCCAUCGUGCCAGAAGUAUGUUGAGGCUCUUUAGCAAAACAAUGGCCAUCUAACACAAACUCGAUUAAAAGGUGUAAAUCAAUUUCAUAUUUAGAAGAUGCGUUUCAAUUUCUCCACCCACUCGGCGGCCCCCACCUCCACGGCCCCAGCAACAACAACGCAGGUAAAUGGAUCAAAUGGAUCAAAUGGAGCUAAUGGCGAUCAGGCCAACCAACCGCUCAAGAAGGCCAUCGAAGCGGAUCCCGAUUCGCUGGACAGUGUGAUCAGCAAUCCGCAAUCCUAUCCCAUCACAAUUGUGCCGAACAGGCCGACCAGCUACUAUGGCCUAUCGCAAAAUGGCAAGCCCUUCACCCGCCAACCGAGCUGCAGAUCUCGCAAUUUCCGGCCUGGCAGCAUGAGACGAGUUCGCCGACGAGCUGUCUUCAAGAAUGGUGACUGCAAUGUGGUGCAGAAGCACCUGCAAAGACGCCGCGUUCGAUUCCUGCAGGACAUGUACACCACUAUGGUGGAUUGGCAGUGGCGCUGGACUCUCCUGGCCUUCGCACUCAGCUUCAUCCUCUCCUGGCUCUUCUUUGCGCUCAUUUGGUGGCUGAUUAUCUACACACACGGAGACUUGGAGGAGCCUCAUCUGCCAGACAACCAAGAGGAAUCUGGUUGGGCGCCUUGUGUUUCGGCAAUCGAUGGCUUUACUUCCUGCUUCCUGUUCUCCAUUGAAACGCAGCACACCAUUGGCUACGGAGUGCGCACCACCUCGCCCGAGUGUCCAGAGGCCAUCUUUAUGAUGUGCUUCCAGUCCAUCUACGGCGUGAUGUCCUCAGCAUUUAUGGCCGGAAUAGUAUUUGCCAAAAUGACGAGGGCCAAGCAGCGGGCACAGACUUUGUUGUUCUCCAAACACGCCGUAAUUUGCCAGCGGGAUGGCACCCUAUCGCUGAUGUUCCGCGUGGGAGACAUGCGAAAGUCCCACAUCAUUGGAGCCGGAGUGAGGGCUCAGUUGAUAAGGACAAAGAGCACCAAGGAGGGUGAGGUGAUGACGCAGUACUUCACAGAACUGGAGAUCGGUACCGAUGACUCUGGCUCUGAUUUGUUCUUCAUCUGGCCCAUGGUCAUCGAGCACAAAAUCGACGAGAACUCACCGCUUUAUAAUCUCAACGCCACCGAUAUGCUGCAGGAUAAGUUUGAGAUUGUGGUGAUACUGGAGGGCACCGUGGAGUCCACUGGACAGAGCACCCAAGCCAGAUCCAGCUACAUAAACACUGAGAUCCUUUGGGGCCAUCGUUUCGAUCCGGUGGUGCUGUACAACAAGGACCUGCAGGCCUAUGAAAUUGACUAUGGUCGAUUUAACGAAACCACCCAGGUGGACACGCCGUUGUGCAGUGCACGGGAAUUGAACGAGAUCUACAAGAUCCAGGAGGGAUUCCGCACACCAGCAGAAACCACCUUUACCAUGCGUCAACUGUCCCACAAUCAUUCUGAUCAGGCCUCCUAGGCGCAGAUUGCAGUGUUUUGUCCCCUGUGUUGCUAUAGUUUGUAAUCGUGUUUGUCCCAUGUGAGUUAAAUGCCUCACCGCCUGAAAUGUGACCCAUAAUAUUGUGAGAUAUCGUUAUUACAGCUUCCCCCUCGAUUCAAUCGAGGUGCUCCUGCAGUUCCGGCUAUCAGACACCUGGAAGACAAAGCCGCCUGCGCUGGCAGCACUCGGUGCCCUUGUAAUGCUCCUCGACUAUCCACGCACUUAAAUGUACGAGUUACCCUACGAAAAUAAGUUAAUAAACGCUUUAGUCCAGAGUCUA